ACGUAGAAACCUGGUUUGAUAGUAAGCUCUUAGGUCUAGGGAGGCCAUUGUGUUUGGUUUUAGGUUGCAUUUGUCUAUGAAUCCCGUUGGUAAAGUGCGACGGAGUAUGCAGGCGAUAUAUAAAUAUCUGUUCAUGAAUAAUUAAGCGUUAAUAAAUACAAUGUCUGGGCACCUUCUGCGUAAUGCGGCCAGCACGCUAUGUACUGCUAAUAAUAACAACAACACUUUGCUCCUCUCCCCGCUGCGUCUGUUGUUUUGGUAAAAGAUUUUCUCUCCAGCAAAACUGUGGAUUGAUUUCUCCCUGCACUGGGAUAAGUCUGAGAUACACAUGACAGGCCCCCCUGCCGGGCAUAGCUGUGGCACUUGUAAACAGCAGACCCCAAGAGGUCUCCCGUGACUGGCUGCUGGCACUGCCACUCACCCACCCCUGCCCGCCUCCUCUAGUAUAAAGGGAGCCGCAAGCCGUCCUAGAACUCACAUCUCAGCCACCGUCACAGCUCAGGCCAGAAACAGGAUUACAAAUGGUUGUACAAAUCUCCUCCAGCCAACAGCAGCACACCAAGAUGAAUGAGAUCGGCCAGCAGCUGCAGAAGGUGGAAGCCAACGUGUUGGUGUUAGGAGCGGAAAACGUGGGCAAAUCCGCGCUUACUGUCCGGUUUUUGACCCGAAGGUUCAUCGGAGAAUAUGUGGGCACAGAGUCCAUCUACACGCACAACGUCAUGGUUGAUGGUAGAGAGACAUUCUUCAGCAUCUGGGAUUCUGUUUGCCCUCAGAACCCCAACCUGCAGACUUGCGUCAGUGAAGACCAGCUGCGAUGGGCUGAUGGUUUCAUCCUGGUCUACAGCAUUUGUGACCGCAACAGCUUCAGCGUGGUGCACCAGCAGCUCCAGCGGAUCCUGCAGGUGAAGAAACGCCAGGUCUUGGUGCCCAUCAUCAUUGUGGGGAACAAGAGGGACCUCCAGCAUCGGCGGGAGGUCUCCAGCGAAGAGGGACGCCUUCUGGCCAUCUCCUCCGGCUGCGGUUUCUUUGAGAUUUCAGCGGCGGAGACCUACCACGGUUCCCUGGUGGUCUUCCACCAACUGCUGGAGACGGUGCGGGAGAACAGGAGUUCCAGCAAGAAAAACACCGGCAUCAAGGGUAUCGUGAGGAGCAUGUCUGCCGUCUUUGGGAGGAGGAGGACGGAGUGAUGGGAAGAGUGUAAGCUCUGAUGUCUACCAGGCUACAUGCUAGCCAGUUGGACUUUACAACCAGCAACAGACUGCUUGGUUUGGCACGCAACGUCCAGUCCCAGAAGGCUGGGACGAGCUAGAGGCUCUGCGGCUCUUAGUGGACCAUUUUGGACUGAUUUGGUGCUAAGAUUUAAAGCCCCUUCCUGAUGGACCAGACAGAGAGAUGGACUUGAAUGCUUUUAAGGGAGACAAAUGGACAAUGAGUAGACUUUUCAUGAAGGCACCCUCCCCUUAUUUCGAAGAGGCUUUGGGGACGGCAUAUAAACUUACCAAGGUGCUGCAAUUGGUUCCACCCGUGUCCUGGGGUCACCUCAGCAGCCGAGACACCGAUGUAUCUCCAGCGAUGGCACGGUGUUAUCCUGCUGUAGCAGUUCCAUUGUCCCGUCCUUGCACGUUUGUCUCAUUACAGGACACGGGCCGGGUGGAAUUCAGACUUUUAUGCAAUCCUUUCAGAGCAUCCUGCUGGCACAGGCGGUGCCACGUGCCUGGCCGCAUUCAUCUGUAGUUUGCUGUGCUCAGCACUCACUGGCCUCCCCUUGGUCAGUUGUCUAUGGACGUGUAGCCUCCCAUGGCUCCAUCCCAGGAUGCACUGGUGCUGGACAAUGACUCAUUAAAGGGCUCACCCACCUGCUGCGUCCUCAGACCGCACCUGAGCUUGCACCGCUUAUCUCAUGCAUGCAGUGACAGCUGUAACAAACCAGGGUCUUUAGAAAGUCAUGUUGGUGGGUUGUGGGUUUAUUACGGUCAGUGUAGGAGUGUUAUUUGCACUAGAUGGGAGAACGAUAUACUUACAUUGUCUCGUUCUGCCCUGCCUUCUAUAGUACUCCUGUAAUAACAACUAAUUCAUCUGCCCCCUCCCAUACCUCCAGUGUGGAAGAGAUUCCCAUUCCUUCAACCAUCAGAAGUGCACUGAUUUACUCCCGGCCUCUCAAUCCACUACUGAUAUGGCUGAGGCAUGGGUGCCUCAUGGUGCCUCAUGCCUCGGUGGUAUCAAGUGGAUCCCAGGUAACAGAUACUGCUUAAGUCCACACAAUACAGCAGCCUAAGCGCGCCUAUGGUCGUGCAACAACUUUGUAACCAAUUGUGUGCAGAGGAGAAUGGCAAAAUCUGAGGUCGCUCGCAACACCUUUAUAAAAACAACACAACAAAAAACUUUCCACCAUCAGAUCUGCUGCGUUGCAGGUUUUUUCUUUCAAUUAAAGUGCAUAUCGGCAGGUGAUCAGGAACUAUUGCAGCUAAAUGUAAAUAAUGUAAUAUACAGGUAUAUAAAUAAAUCUACAUAGAGAGGUCUAAUUAAAUUAUUAUAAAGCGCAGGGAAAGCAGCUGUUUACAGAUAGUUUAUUUAUUAUAUCCAGACUUGUCCAUGAUAUUUCUGAAAUGUGUGGAUUUCUCUUUUUUUUUGCAA